AUACCAACAUUAAAAGGUUUUCUUAAGGCAUCUUUGAUCUUAAAGAGGUCCUUCUAGGGCAUCGGACUGUAAAAUUGAAUCCCUCAUUUACAAGAAUGUGCAAAAACAUUCACUUCUCUCUAUUUAAAUGAUUGGGACUGCAUCAAAGGGAUUCUGACAUCUACUGGUCUCAAGUGAGGAGACUACAGUGGGCUUCAGGUGGCCUGUUACAGGUAGUGAAUGAUCUGCCUGGCCAUGUGUUUUUCUUUUCUCCUGGAACACGAGACUUGUCUAUUCUGAGCCUGUCUGCUCACACAUCAAUUCUUCUGCCUCACUAUUUCUGCCCUGCUGUAAUGCAAGUUGAUCCUCAGAGCCAUCCAUCACAGGAUUCUAAUGUCUGCAGAGUCAGUGCUUGUCCUGACUGAGGACGUGCGGUUGACUCAGAUCAUUUAUUAGGUGUCAGGAUCCAGUGCUGCCUCAUGCAGUAUGCUGAUAUGAUAUCCUCCAAACAAUCUCAAAGGUCAUUGUGAUGCUACUCUAAAAUGUGAUGCAAACCUUGCUAUGAAAUCCCUUGAACACUCUUAAAAAUAAAGGUUCUUUAUUGGCAUCACUGGUUCCACAAAGAACCUUUACCAUCCCUGAAAUCUUUUCAUUCAACAAAAGGUUCCUUAGAUUAUUAAAAUGUUCUUCACACUAAAAAAAAUGAUUCACUGAAAGGUUCUUUGGGGAACCGAAACUGGUUCCUCAAUGGCAGGCCACUUUCCUGCAGAGUUUAGCUGUAACCCUAAUCAAACACACCUGAGCAUGCUAAUCAGUGUCUUCAAGAUCAUUAGAGAAUCACAGGUAGGUGAGUUUGAUCAGGGUUGGAGCUAAACUCUGGAGCAGAUUGGCCCUUCAGGGAAAGAUUUGAAGAACCCUGCUCUAUGGCAUCGCUGUGAAAACCCCCUUUUGGAACCUUUAUUUUUAAGAGUGUAAAAGCACAGUGAGGCAACAUGAUGGUACAGAGAUGCAUUCAGAAUAUAAUUCCAAUCCAGGGGCCGGUUGCAUAAACUGUUUAGACUAGUCUUAAAAAGUUAGUCACCUAAUUUUUUUUCUUCAAGACUGGUCAUAACUUUUUAAAUUCAGUUAUGAAAAGGUAGAUUGUUCUUAUUUGUAUUGGAAAAGUAAGACUGAUUACUCCUUGGCAACUGCUAGUUGCUCAAACUAGUUCUUAAGACACAGUCUUAACAUGGUGGCUAAGUUUAUGCAACUGACCCCAGGCUCAUUGGAAAAACUGUGCCUGUAGCAACAUUUCUGCCAAAUGCUAUUAUGUUACUUUUUGCACGUUUUGCAACAAUUUCUAAUUAAAAUGUCCAGUGAGUGGCAGUAAAAGUGCUUUUAGUUUUAUCCAAAACAGAUGAAUGUGAAUCUGGCAACUUUUACUGCGCUGGUUGUUGCACAUAUCGCGGUAAUUCAGAAUCGAAAUGUCUGGUGAGUGGCGCUAAAAGGUUUUCUUUUGCAUUUGAAAAUAACAUACCACCUACACCAGUGGUCUCAAACUCAAUUCUGCAUAGUUUAGUUCUAACCAAACGUGAGAUAAAAAUGCAUUUGCUGAAGUCUUUGAGUUCUUAUAUCAUGACUCGUACCUCAGUACCCUGCACUACAAGGCAAUACUGUACCAGGUGUGCUAACGAGCAAGUUUACUACGACAGAAAAGCCAUACAUACUGUAUAUGGAGCUGGCUAUGUGAUGUAAAUGCAAAAAUGUAUUAGUUUACAAAUCAUGCACUUUGGUAAAAUGUAUUAAGGUCAUUUUAUUAAUUGAUUAUUAAUUGUGUUUACAAUGAGCCUGGGUUGCAUAAUUCAAUAGUACUUCAGUGAUAAUGCAAAAAUGUUUUUGGAAUUUUUUCACUUUAAUAUUAUAUUAAUUAAGCAUUUCCCCCCAAAAUGAUCAUUACUGUUAUAUUCACUAACAUAUUGUUUCUCAAAGUGAAAGAAUGAGGCUUAUAAAGCUAUUUGUAUAAUCAUUUCUGCAAAUGGUUAUUCUCCAGAGUGCUUUGCCAAACUUGCAUAAGUGUCCGAAGAUAAAUUUCCUUCUGGAAAGGGUCAGGCAACCUCUAAGACGGCCCGCAGCUGCUCUGUCUCGCACUCUCACUUCUGUGUGAAUUAAUGACUUUCUUAUGAGACGUUCACUGAGGCCACUUAGAUAACACACUGUUUGUACUUCUGUCCAAGGCGGCUUCCUUUUGUUUUGGCAGUCUUUCGUGAAGCAGUGUCUUUACUGCAAGUAUGAGACACUGGGAGCGUGUUUUCACCGCGGGGAAAGGUUAAGCCCAUGAGGGAUGCUGGGAAACAUUGUUUUCUGAGAUUGCCAUGCAGCUAACAGGCAUAAUGUCUGCUUAUCAGAUGGGGGUUCCUUCCUGGUUUUCUUUGUAUAGGGUGGCAAUUAAGUCCGUUACGUUCGGCUCCCAGCUUUCCCUCUGUUUCCUCACUGACAUCAGCUUCCUUUUGUUUGGUCUGAUAGCUGGAAGCUCUCUACAGCAACAACAGCAAACUGCACGCUUCAUGCCUGGGAUCUGUUUUUCUUAUUGGACUCUGUCCCCUAUAAAAUCACAUACAAAGUUUUAAUGUAAUAAAGGGUGUGGACUGUGACUUAAGUUCAUCAGAUUGGCUCCAAACAUGAAGAUUAAAUCAGUGUCUCAUAUAUGAUUAAUAGCCAUGAUUGUCUUUUAUAUAUAUAUCUCUGUAAACCCUAAUGCUCAAAGCAGUGACUUGUAUUGAGUAGAAGUGGUAAUUCAGUCAUUCUCAUUAUGCGUUUGAGUCACUGUGCAUGACGGGAGCUUAGCCCCCCACAAGACAGUUUCUGUGUCCCAAUUUGCAUACUAUCCAUCCUAAAUAGUAUUUGAAAUUAGAAUUAGUGUAUCCCAAAUCGUAUAAUGUUGAAAUGAGUAUCCGAAAGAUACCCCAAUCGGAAUGAAGUUCGAAGUGCAGAUCUGUGCACAUUCUAAUGGCUAAUAUUGCCCACAAACCAUUGCGCGUUGGAUGAGGAUUUGAUUAGAACUACAAACACAAAUAAAAAAUGUGUUAAAAACUACAAACAUGCCAGAUAUGCAAGACCAACGGUGGUUUGAGUGAUUAAUAAUCAAUAUCUAACCUGAUAAAAAAUAUUCAUUUAACAUAAAAAAACAUAUUUCCUCUGCAACAACAUUGGGAACUUUUAUAAAUAUAUAUUUGAUAGUUAUAUUGGACAGUUCUCGGCAUGAAAGAUGUGCAACUAGAAGAUCAGCUUGCCUCUUCAUUUUUAAAAAAAAAAUGACAUAAUAGAAAACUUUUAUUUUAAUUUGUAAUAAUAUUUUACAAUAUUACAAUAUUGUUUUUACAAUUAAUUUUCACGUUCAUUCAUAACACACAACUUGAAAUGUAUUAGUAGGAAGAAAUAGAUGGCAUCUGAGGCAGAGGUAUUACUGUAGGAUAUAUUUAACAUCACUGGAAUUCCCAUCAACACAUUAAAGGGCAGACUUGAUAGCAUUUUAAUAAGUGCACUGCCACAAUUAUUCCCAGUAAUGUUUUUUCCCUCUUGUGUGUGCAUGCAGGGAUAUGUGUGCACAUUUUACUGGUGUUCUGUGGGUUAGUGCCGUCUGCCCGCAGUGGCCCUUUCCAUUCUGUCAGAUGGUGAAGUCAUGGUAUGUAAGUCAGCACAAUGCAGAUUCAGCUGAAAGAGCAAACGGAGGGACAGUGUGUGCUACCUUCCACUGCUCAAGAGGAAUGCCUCAACAGAUGGAUCUAAUAGCUAUUUUCUUCCAUCUGUGAAUCUGACAUGCCAGCCGCUUAGUUAUAGUUAUUGACACAUUUUAAUUUAGCCUUCCAGGCAGACAUACUAAAAUGACCACAUAUUAUAGUUUCUUUGAGUUUGGAUGCAGUAACUGCUAUUGUGGCGAAGCGGUUGCGUUUUUAUGAUGCUUUAACACAAGCUUUUUUGUAAUAAAAUAAUUCAGCUGAAAGUCUCCGGUUAUGUUGGAUUAGCAUACUAACAUAGUAUUCUUAUUAUUUCUGCAGUAUGUGUAAUGUGCAGAGUAUGCACAUUUUGUGCAUGCAUUGAAAACCUGGAUAACUUACAUUUACCAAAAUUGUCCAGUAUACAACAGGGAUGCAACAAUACAAGCUUUUGAUUAUUCGCAGGGUGUAAAGUAAAAAAAAAUUUAGGGUGGUCCAGCAGUCCUGAAACCAUAGAAAAAAGAAGAAAAAAAGCCUGAUUAAGAUCUUGAAAAUCUUGAAAAGAAAACUAUGUAGUGUGGCAUUAUCUAUUUUAUUACUUUCUAAAAAAAUAAUAAGCAGUGAUACAUUUUUGACACAAAAUAGUACAAUUUAAAAAAAAAAAAAAAAAAGCAAAAAAGAAGAAAUUGUCGGCCAAAUUGAAGUCAUGUGGUAAUGGCUUGUAAAAUGUAUUGCGAUAUAUAACAAUCCCAAAACACUUUAUUAUAAUUAUGUGAUGUGGUAGUGAUAUUUGUAAAAAUUCUUUAUACUUUGAAAAAUAUAUUGAAAAACUUUUUUUUUUUUUCCUUUUUUAAAUAUGUAAUUAUUUACUUGAUGAUUGCACCACAUCACAUUCUUAGAGUUUUUACAUUUAAACAUUUGUUAAAAAAUUCAUAAAAACAACAUGAAUACAAAUUGUACAAGAACUUUGCACAUUACAUUUUUAAAACAAUUUUCCUUUUCAUUUUUGUGGACACUCUUAUUUUCAUUGAGUCUUUUACAUAACACUUGAUUACAAAUCUAAAGAAUCUUAUUUCUAUUAUGAAAUAGAUGCCACCUACUGAAUUAAACAGGCAACAUAAUGAGGUCAUGUCCACAGAAAAACUACAAUGAUUAUGGUACAGAGGAAUGAUAACAUGGGAAUCACUUUCAGAAUGUUUUUAUUUUUUUAGCUGAUGUACAAAAAACAUUGACAGCCAAUCAGAAUCCAACAAACUUUAAAGAGUGUGAGCAUUUAAAGUAAUAGAAUGUUAUCAGCCAUUGGAGUGGAUGCUAAUAUAAUUAUCCUUACCUUCUUGUUCUUACUGUUUUUUUUUGUUUUUUUUUGCAUCACCCAAAAAUUAAAAUUCUGUCAUUAACUACUCACCCUCAUGUUGUUCCGAACCCAUAAGACCUUCGUUCAUCUUCAGAACACAAAUUAAGAUAUUUUUGAUGCAUUCCGAGAGCUCUCUGACCCUCCAUAGACAGCAAGGAUCCUUAAAAUAUCUUUAAAAUAAUCCAUGUGACAUCAGAAGCUACGAGAAUACUUUUUGUGCGCAAAGAAAACAAAUAUAACGACUUUUUUCAACAAUUGAUCUCUUCCAUAUAGUGCCAUUUUGGAGAGUAUCACAUAUGUAAACACAUACACUGCUCUGUCUCAGCAGCACCGUACGCGAAUACGUUGUUUAUGCUUUAAUCUGAACGUAAACAACGUAUCCUUGUAUAUACGUUGCAUAUGAUGUUUACGUAUGUGAUAGCGUGAGUUAAUUAAUGACAGAAUUUUCAUUUUUGGGUGAACUAUCCCUUUAAGCGAGUAUUAUUUAAUUCUGAACAUAUCACUAAAAAUGUCACAUAUUCAGAAGGAAGUGACACAACUUAAAAUCAGUUUGGCUCUCUUAUGGUAUGCAGAUCACAUGAUUUGACAACUUUUUGCAGUGCAGUUAGACCAUUAUAUCUUAAUCAGGUGCAUAAUACAAAUACAAACCAGUACAUUUAAGGUGUCUGUAGUCUCAUAUUUUUCAGUUGCAGUGCCUCUGCAGAGCCUGUUCUCACACUCAUAUAAAUAAGAGUGACUAUGUGUGGAGGUGUGGUCUGAUGCACAGCUAUGUUCGGCUUCUGGCUGCUGGAAUGCAGUGUACGCGAGUGUUAGCGCGUCUGUCUCCAGAGGGAGUUCUUCUAACACCCACAUGACAAGAGCUGACACAUACCCUCACUUAGACCACCGCUAGCAAAACAGUGUCCUAAAAUCACACCCGGCACUGAGAUCUGGCCUGACUACAUCUGCCACCGUGCCUCAUAAUGCAGACCGAAUUGUCUGUCUCAUGGUAGAAGUGGAUAUUUGACUGCAAGUUUAUAACAGUAUUAAUGAUACGUAUACAUAAGGAACAAGUGGGAGGUAAAGACUUUAUGGAAGCACUGCAAUAUUCAGAUUUAACCAUGAGUGAGGAGACUGAAGUGUGGGCGUAGCUGUCCAGUGGAACAAGGAGAAAGAUAUCACAAGCACAGCAUCCACACUCCCACAUAAUAGACCAUGGGUGAAGCCGAAAAUGAGAAGAACCAGGCAGGACGGCUAUUUGAGAAUUUUGUUCAGGCCACUGACUGUAAAAGCACCCUGCAGGCCUUCAAUAUUAUGUGCAGUUACCUGGAGCUUGACCCUCUGGAGCACAGCACCUUCUACAGCAGCCUGAAAAGCAUGGUGACCUGCUGGAAAGCCAAAGCCCUUUGGAGCAAGCUGGACAAGAGAGCCAGCCACAAAGAGUACAAGAAAGGCAAAGCCUGCGAGGGCAUUAAGUGCUUGAUAAUUGGAGGGGGCCCCUGCGGCUUGCGGACUGCCAUCGAGUUAGCUUUCCUCGGAGCCAAAGUGGUGGUAAUAGAGAAGAGAGAUACAUUCUCAAGGAACAACGUCCUACAUCUCUGGCCCUACACCAUUCAUGACCUCAGGGCCUUAGGAGCCAAGAAGUUCUAUGGAAAGUUCUGUGCUGGAGCAAUAGACCACAUCAGCAUUCGGCAGCUCCAGCUCAUGCUCCUGAAGAUCGCUCUGCUUCUGGGUGUGGAGUUUCACGUAAAUGUGGAGUUCGUCAAGCUGAUGGAGCCUCCAGAGGAUCAGGAGAAUGAGGGGCCGGGUUGGAGGGCAGAGAUCCGGCCUGCGGAUCAUCCUGUGGCCGACUUCGACUUUGAUGUGGUGGUGGGAGCCGAUGGGAGACGAAACUCUUUAGAAGGGUUCAGGAGGAAGGAAUUUCGUGGAAAACUGGCCAUCGCCAUAACAGCAAACUUUAUCAACAGAAACACCACCGCUGAGGCAAAGGUCGAGGAGAUAAGUGGAGUUGCCUUCAUCUUCAACCAGAAAUUCUUUCAGGAUCUCAGACAGGAAACUGGGAUUGAUCUAGAGAACAUCGUCUACUACAGAGACAACACACAUUACUUUGUCAUGACAGCUAAGAAGCAGAGCCUGCUGGACAAGGGUGUCAUCAUUCAUGAUUAUAUCGACACCGAGGCACUGCUGAACAGUGAGAACGUGAAUCAAGAGGCUUUGCUGGCAUACGCACGAGAGGCAGCCGACUACGCCACCCACUACCAGCUGCCCACGCUGGACUACGCCAUGAACCACUGCGGUCAGCCUGAUGUGGCCAUGUUCGAUUUCACGAGCAUGUACGCCUCAGAAAGUGCUGCUCUUGUCCGGGAGAGGUUUGGUCACAGUGUGCUGGUGGCACUAGUGGGAGACAGUCUUCUAGAGCCCUUCUGGCCUAUGGGGACCGGCUGUGCCCGCGGCUUCCUGGCAGCCUUUGACACGGCUUGGAUGGUAAAAAGUUGGGCGCAGGGUAGAAAUCCACUCGAGGUGCUGGCAGAGAGGGAGAGUCUGUACCGAUUGUUACCUCAAACAACACCUGAAAACAUCGGCAAAAACUUUGAUUUGUACUCCAUAGAUCCAGGAACACGCUAUCCCAACCUUAAUUCAAACUGUGUCAGGCCACACCAGGUCCGCAACAACUAUAUCUGUGGAGAGAUGAAGUCGUGCUCUCUGGAAAGGGCCGCCACGAUACGCCGCCCUGUCAACUUGGCCAGGCGAGAGUCUGAGAUCAGGCCGAGUCGGUUACUGACGUGGUGCCAGAAGCAGACAGAGGGCUACAGGGGUGUGAAUUUGACUGACCUCACUUCCUGCUGGAUCAGUGGCCUGGCUCUCUGUGCUCUCAUACAUCGCUUCAGACCACAGCUCAUUGAUUACGACUCUCUCAAUGAGCAAGACUGUGCCAAAAACCUUCAGCUGGCAUUUGAUGUGGCGGAGAAGGAGUUUGGCAUUAAGCCUUUCAUCACAGGGAAAGAGCUGGCAGCAGGUCAGGAGCCGGACAAGACCAGCAUGGCCAACUACCUCUCUAAGUUCUACGAGCUCUUCCGGGGAACGCCUCUACCUCCCUCAGAUUCAAAGCGAGAUGGUGAUGCAAAUAAUGAAAAAGGUCCAUCGGGUCCUCCUAGACCGGUUUACAAGUCACUGAGUUUGCUUCAGCCUCGUAAACGCAUACCCAAGAAUGAAAAAAAGAUUGAAGACAAUGACGCCAUAUACAAGAGAAGACGGAAAAUUAGUUACUUAGAAGAGCCAAUCAGAUCCAUCAACCAGAAUUCUUCUGCAUCCAGUGAGGGGCGGGAACUGAAAGAAAACAAGGUCAAGUUUAUGGCCACUCAGCUUCUAGCAAAAUUUGAAGACAGCACAGCAAGCUGCUCUAUUCGCAGACAGUCUGACUCUAAUGAUGAGAGGCCUCCAAGACCUCCAUCGCUCGAUAUGAGCGAUAGCCCUCUCUUUAACAUUAUCAAGAAGAAAGUCCCACCACCCCCACCCCCUAAAAAAAAGUUUCCGUCCAUUGCCUGUGUACGACACACUGAGGAGCCCUCGGCUCCUCUCUUCCCCUCACUUCAUUCCAGUCCUCUGAAUCCACGGAGGAAACCACUUGAGCCGACUCACGCACACACUCACACACAAUCAGAGGCAGAGAACACAGCUGACUCAGACUCAGGAAAUACAGCCACCUGCCGCUCAGCAGUGCUGGCCAUGAGAGCAAUGCUCCAGCGCCUCCAGAGGGUGGAAGAGGAGAUUAUCGAGAGGAAAGCCCAGACUCAAAAGGCCAGGGAGUUUCAUAAAAAAAGCAUAAAGGAGAAGGCUGUGCAUUUGAGUGCUCUGUUCUCUGGCGAGGCCUGCUCUCCACAUCAGACGGAUAUACCUCAGACUGGGCAGCUAGACAUGCAGCUUUGUGAAGAGAAGAGAGAAUCAGCGAAAAGCUCAAAGCCUCACUCUUCAUCUCUCCAUUUCCCUCAUUCCAUCCCAUUGACCACCCCUUCAUGCCCUCUCCCACAAUGCACUGCUGCUUCCUGUCCUCCUCCACUCAUUUCAUCCUAUCCCUCUCUGCUGUUGCGGCAGGUGUCUAAAACCAAACCAUUACAUGUGCAGCACCUUAAAAAGGAGAUACAGGGAGAAACAGUGAGUUCUUCCCAUCUGACCAGUUCUUCCACUAUCCAUCCUCAUCAAUCUAACUCCAUAACAUUUCACCCCAUCCCAGAAUGCACUGCUCCAAUCCAUCUUUCCUUUACAUUCUGCUCUGCUUCCUCAUUAAGUAGUAAAUUAAAGGCAGAAAUACUUUAUGGCAUAAACUUGCAAGAAGAAGAAGCAAAGUGUAACUCAGAAAUGUCUGCCACCAGCAGUAGCACAACAUCCUUUACUGUAAGAAAACAAACAGAUGUUCUUCAGUCAAAUGGAGACUCAUAUGCUCCCAAACAGCGCACAGUAGGCAAAGUGUCUCUGAUAGCGGGUACUAGAGAUGACUCUCUGGUUACCCUCUAUGAAAAUGAUCAUAGACCCCAGGCAAGCAGCUCUGACACCCCGCCUUCCUUAAAAAGAGAAUUUCCUCAGAGUCUGGGUGAUGUGUGUCAUGCGUGUAAGAAACGGGUGUUUGUAGUGGAGAGGCUCAGCGCGGAGGGAUUCCACUUCCACAGGGAAUGUUUCCGCUGUCAUACCUGCAGAGCUCCGCUGCGCCAGGGAGGACAUUCAUUCGAUUCAGAGGAAGGAAAGCUGUACUGCAAACUCCACUUUGCUCAACGGAAACCCUUAGUCAAGAAUGGGAGGACACCAAUUCUUCACACGACGUGUAAUGACGAAUCCCACGAUGGCUCCAGCUGGAGUCCAGAGGGACGUGAGCAUCGUCUCCAGGACGAGUCUCCAGGUAUCCUGUCCUCACUGAAGAGAAGCCUGCGCUGGCCGCUGCACGUGUGUGGUGUGCCUCGGCGUGUGUUUAACUGGCUGCAUGGUAAAGCGCGGGCCACAGGAGUCCACCUGCGGGAUAAUGCCGAGGAUUACGCCUUCCUGUACGAACUGCUCAGUGUGAGUCUGCCUCUGCUCGCGGUUCUCCAUGAACAGCUCGUCCAAAUGUACGCAGAGGCCGAGCCGCUCAAUCUGCAGCCUCUACAGCGCUGGCUGGAAGAGCACAUGGGCCACUGGGUCUAAAUGUGAGAGAAACGUCUCCAGGACCCUUUAAAAGGGUUAAUAUGAACAGAACGAUCUGAAAUUUCCUACUUUUUCAGAGCGUAUAAAUAAAAUGGCCUGGUUUGGUUUGCGCACAAAUUACCAAAGCCUUUCUCAGUUACAAAAGUUUGCCUAAAGAGAAAAAAGUGUCAAACACGGAGUGAACUUGAAGCACUUUAAUGAGUGAGCUGCCUUCAUAUGCACGAUUAAGAGUGAUGUUCUGCUUUUAAUUAUUAAUGAACGUUCUUUAUUGAGACUGCAAGUUUACAAAACCUGACCGAUCAAGCUGCAAACACGUCUCGUCUGCUCUGUUAACCAUUCACGAACAUGGAAUUCACAUUCUUCUCGCAUGUUUACACUUCUUAUGAAAAACAUACAGCAUGGCUGUUAAAAGGAAUGUUCCGGGUUCAGCGCAAGCUAAUCUAUUGACAGCAUCUGUGAAAAUGUUGUCAACUAUCACUGAAAAUAAUUGCAUCUUAUCCUUUAUACUGUUAAAACAAACAAGAAUUACAAUGGAAAUCUGUGGGACAAGACAUUCCAGAGAGUUUUAAGCGGAAAUGUGCAUCUUACAUUUCUAUCAAAGCAUCUGUAGUAAUUUAUCAAAACAAUGUGACAUUUUUUAGUGGUGUAACACAUUAGUCUAUAUGAACACAAUGUGUUGUCUUGUGGCUGGACUUUCAAAACAGUGUGAGCAUUUUGUAUUUUAUUGUCUUGUCCUGUAGACUUUCAUUGUAAGUCUAACUUACUGUAAGAGUGUCACAGAUGCUGUCCAUAGAGUUUAACUUUAAGCUAUAAAGACUAUGUUCUUACAUGUAUGCUGUAUAUGCAACUAGGGAUGCACAGAUUUGGACAUUUUAGCGGAUAUCAAUAAGUAUUUAUAUUUUGAAGCCAAUAGAUGACAACAAUAGGUGCAACAACAGAAAACCUUUUUUUUUUUUUUUUUUUAAUUCCAAAAUCUUUUAACAAAUUGAUGUACUAUGAACCAUUGGAAUGAAGAAAUUAUACAUAACCAUGAUAAUACAACAAAGAAUAAAAAUAAACUAUACAUUUAAAAUAAAAUAAAACAAUAACAAAUAAUGAAUCGAUUAAACAUUUAUUUUUAUUUUAUUUUAUUUUAUUAUUUUUUGUUUUUAAAUUUGGGGUCCUAUGGGGCUAUCAUUUCUUAAUCAUAUCAUUUAUCAAGCUUAUUUUACUUAAUGGACCGAUUCAGAUAACAUCAAAAAGUCACAUUUGCUGGCUAAUAUGAAUACAGAUAUAUCAUGCAUCCCUCUAUGUAACAAAAGACCAAACAUGUAAGCAUUAUACUUUGUUCUCAGGCUUGUUUGUAGAGUUCUCAUGAACAGUUCCAAAUGCACAUGUAUUAAUUUCAUCUGUUUACUCAUGUAGUCUCAAUCAUACACCAGUUUUGUGUCACAUUACAUGCACUAAAAGAUUAAAAAACUUGCGUCACACUUAUGAAUCGUGACAGAAACACUACUUUGGCAGUCUUGUAAACGUCCUCUCAUUUGAUUCACUGGACUAUUACUGCGGUUUCUUUUAAUGUCAUUUGCUACCUACGAUGUGCUGUCUGAGGGCAGGGCAAUACUGUACUUAUAGAUUUUACAGUAACACAUUUAAGUGCUAUUAAAAUGCACUUUUUUUUUUCCCAGUCAGAACUUACUGAGAAGUAUUAAUAAUAUGAAACAUACUUUUUGUUGACACUGGAAGGCGAUUGUUAGUUUGUGAUGUGUUAAUUAGCCUGAAUGGUGAUUGCAGAUAGAUCAUCAUACGACAUGCACGGAAAUAAAGCACGGAUAAUUAAAUCUGUUAAAUCCAUUUUUGUGCAUUAGCAGCUCGUUUCGAAAUGCUGUUUACAAGCUGCCUUUUAAUAUGAUUCACUUCUCAUGUAUGUUUCUCCUUUUUUAUUCACUUGUAGUCUUUUUCGACCUCUCCACUGCGUCUGCUCCUGACUUGCUGUGAGCAACGCUGAUCCAAAGGUGAUCGUCUGCAAGGUCACGCGUUGCAUUCGCUCAUAGCGUCUUUGACCUGUUUCACAGCUGUGGAAAUGCACGCUGCAUGACACUAACCGCCUGCCUCUGAUUCUUUCAUCUGCACGUCACGUCUGACAUGUUUCUCUUUUCUGUCUUUCUUCAAGGCUUGUUAAUUACUUGCUCAUGCAGCCUCUGUCUUUUCUUCAUUUCUUUCUGUUUCAGAGGUGGCUUACAUUUCAGAAACCUACACGCAGGCGCCCGUGUGCCUCCAUGAAAGCAGGUUGUUAGGCCUUUAGUUAAAGUAGCACCUUUUAUUGGACAUGUUGUAAAACUGUUUGAAGUUUUUUGCUGUAUAUUUUCCAUUUGAAACAUUUGUUGUUGCCUUAUUUAUGUUUAGCCAUACUCUUGCAAUAAAAGAAAGAUCAAA